ACAGGCGGCGGAGCGGCCACAAUCACAGCUCCGGGCACUGGGGGAGCGCGAGCGGCUGCGCCGGGGGAAGCCGUGCGGGCGCCUGCCGUCCCGGUCCCAUCCUCGCCGCGAUCCCGCACCCCUGAAGUUUUGCAGCGCCCAGAAAGGAGGCGAGGGAGGGGGGGAGCGUGAGAGGAGAGCGAGCAAAAGCACACCCUAAAACAUUUUUUAUUUCCAAAAGAAAAGGAAAAAGGGGGGGGGGGCGCAAGAAUGGCUGGGGCAAUUAUAGAAAAUAUGAGCACCAAGAAGCUAUGCAUUGUUGGUGGGAUUCUGCUCGUGUUCCAAAUCAUCGCCUUUCUGGUGGGAGGCUUGAUUGCUCCAGGACCCACCACGGCAGUGUCCUACAUGUCAGUGAAAUGUGUGGAUGUUCGUAAAAACCAUCACAAGACAAAAUGGUUCGUGCCUUGGGGACCCAACCACUGCCACAAAAUCCGAGACAUCGAUGAAGCGAUUCCAAAGGAAAUAGGAGCCAAUGACAUUGUGUUUUCUGUCCACAUUCCUCUCCCCUCCAUGGAGAUGAGUCCUUGGUUCCAGUUCAUGCUGUUUAUCCUGCAGCUGGACAUUGCAUUCAAGCUGAACAACCAAAUCAGAGAAAAUGCAGAAGUUUCCAUGGACGUUUCCCUGGCUUACCGUGAUGAUAUGUUUGCUGAAUGGACUGAAAUGGCCCAUGAGAGAGUGCCUCGGAAACUCAAAUGUAUCUUCACAUCCCCCAAGACCCCAGAGCACGAGGGCCGUUACUAUGAAUGUGAUGUCCUUCCUUUCAUGGAAAUCGGAUCUGUGGCUCAUAAGUACUACCUUUUGAACAUCCGGCUGCCUGUGAAUGAAAAGAAGAAAAUCAACGUUGGGAUUGGGGAGAUAAAAGAUAUUCGGUUGGUGGGAAUCCACCAAAAUGGAGGCUUCACCAAGGUGUGGUUUGCCAUGAAGACCUUCCUUACGCCCAGCAUCUUCAUCAUUAUGGUGUGGUAUUGGAGGAGGAUCACCAUGAUGUCCCGACCCCCGGUGCUUCUAGAAAAAGUCAUCUUUGCUCUUGGGAUUUCCAUGACUUUUAUCAAUAUCCCAGUGGAAUGGUUUUCCAUUGGGUUUGACUGGACCUGGAUGCUACUGUUUGGUGAUAUUCGGCAGGGCAUCUUCUAUGCAAUGCUUCUCUCCUUUUGGAUCAUCUUCUGUGGCGAACACAUGAUGGAUCAGCAUGAGCGGAAUCACAUAGCAGGGUAUUGGAAGCAAGUCGGACCAAUCGCUGUUGGCUCUUUCUGCCUCUUCAUAUUUGACAUGUGUGAGAGAGGGGUACAACUCACGAAUCCCUUCUACAGUAUCUGGACUACAGAUGUUGGAACAGAGCUGGCUAUGGCCUUCAUCAUCGUGGCUGGGAUCUGCCUCUGCCUGUACUUCCUGUUUCUGUGCUUCAUGGUAUUUCAGGUGUUUCGGAACAUCAAUGGGAAGCAGUCCAGCCUGCCAGCCAUGAGCAAAGUCCGGCGGCUGCACUAUGAGGGGCUGAUUUUCAGGUUCAAAUUCCUCAUGCUUAUCACCUUGGCCUGUGCUGCCAUGACCAUCAUCUUCUUCAUUGUUAGUCAGAGUCCCUGCUCCCAGAAGUCAAGAAGGGACAUUGGGCGGAUGUUUAAGGUGACUGAAGGCCAUUGGAAGUGGGGUGGUGUCACAGUCCAGGUGAACAGUGCCUUUUUCACAGGCAUCUAUGGGAUGUGGAAUCUGUACGUCUUUGCUUUGAUGUUCCUAUAUGCACCAUCCCAUAAGAACUACGGGGAUGACCAGUCUAAUGCAAGGAAGGGGCAGAGGAGCACCUCCUGUCAUAAAGUCGCAGCCCAGGCGUGAUUCUGUCACAGGUGAUCUGAGGGUCCACAAUGGGGAAGAACUCCAGCUCACCACCACUAUCACCCACGUGGACGGACCCACCGAGAUCUACAAGUUGACCCGCAAGGAGGCCCAGGAAUAGAUGGCGGCAGCCCCUGGCUGGGACUGUUCCCCACAUCCCAGCCCUUCUGCCUGGAGUGUGGAGCAUGCCAGCGAUAGCUCACUGCGCGAACCAGCCCUCCACUGCUCCCGUGUCUUAGCUGUGGUUUCUUGGAACAGUGGCGUGGACGUUGUCACUUUACCUUCUGACCACAGCUCUUGGGGGAAGAUUCCACAGCCACUAAGGCGUUUGUGUAUAACAAAACCUCUGGUAUGACACAUUUUCUGUGAUCAUUGUUAAUUAGUGAUGUAGUAACAUCUGUAGCAGGUGGUUAGUAAACCUCAUGUGUUGGGGGUAUACUCCUUGGGGGGAUGAUGUGGGCCAGAUGGGGUCUAAAUGGAGUGGAAUAUUUGACUUCUUUUCCUGUUUUAGAUUCUAGGAUAGGUUUUUAACAUCCUUUGCAGUCCAAGAGAGGCUGAUGUCAUAGUUUCUCACUCCUAGUUCGUGACCACUUUUUUUUCCUAUUUAUAUCACCAGGUAGCCUGUUGAGUUAAUAUUUAAGUUGUCAAUAGACAUGUGUCCCUCUUUUUUAUGGCAUACUAUAAAAUAACUGAAUUUCGUGAGACGGUCUAUUUCAGCUUUGGAACCAAAUCUGUGUAUCCAGUACUGACCGAUCUGUUGGAUGCGGGUUGGGUCUAAAAAGCUUUUUUUACCUCCUGCUUACAAUGUGUUUCCUUUUGAUAAGAUGCUUCAAGCAGCCCCCAGAAGUGUAGAUCGGAUCAAUGAAAUAAACCUGUAUGUAUAUGCAUAUAUGUACAUGCACAUGUCAUCCUCCUGCUCAGCCAGGACACACGCAUGCAGAUUCUUUUCCAUGUCAAGUCCAUGGGGUGGGGGAAGUGGCUUUAUGAGAAAUUAAAGUAUUUUGCCAUCAAA